AUGGCUUUUGAAGAGGCAAUAGAACAAAAGAGGCUUUUCGUUAUAGAUUACCAUGACCUGUUGCUACCAUAUGUGAAUAGAGUAAGGGAGCUUGAAGGAACAACACUUUAUGGUUCAAGGAUGUUAAUGUUCCUAACAUCUAAUGGAACAUUGAGACCAUUAGCCAUUGAAUUAACGCGACCACCAAGUGAUGAAAAACCACAAUGGAAGCAUGUGUAUACACCUUGUUCUGAUGCUACAGGUGCCUGGCUUUGGAAGUUAGCUAAGGCACAUUUCCUUGCUCAUGAUUCUCAUCAUCAAGUGCUUAUUAGCCAUUGGUUACGAACUCAUUGUGUAACUGAACCUUACAUAAUUGCUACCAACCGUCAUCUUAGCAAAAUGCACCCAUUACAUAGGCUAUUGAGUCCUCAUUUUCGGUAUACAAUGCUUAUUAAUGGCUUAGCUCGACGAGCCCUUUUCAAUGCUGGUGGUAUUAUAGAGUCAUCUUUUACUCUCGGAAAAUAUGUUUUGGAACUUUCCUCUGAUGUACAUGCUCAACAAUGGCGCUUUGAUCACGAGGCACUUCCCGCUGACCUAAUUAGAAGGGGAAUAGCUGUUGAAGAUCAAAGUGCACCACAUGGUUUCUGUUUAAAACUUGCAAUUGAGGAUUACCCAUUUGCAAAUGAUGGUCUACUUCUUUGGGAUUGCAUUAAACAAUGGGCUAAUGCAUAUAUCAAACACUACUAUCAAAAAUCAGAACUUGUUGAAUUUGAUGAAGAACUUCAAGCAUGGUGGACUGAAAUCCGAACUGUCGGCCAUGGAGACAAGAAAGAUGAACCAUGGUGGCCACAACUUAAAACACAAGAAGAUUUGAUUGGAGUUGUCUCAACUAUGAUGUGGGUAUGUUCUGGCCAUCAUUCGGCAGUCAACUUUAGUCAAUAUGAUUAUGCAGGGUAUUUUCCUAACAGACCAACCAUUGCAAGAGCUAAAAUGCCUAAUGAAGAUCUAACCAAAGAAGAGUGGCAAGAAUUCAUAAACAACCCCAAGGACGUGCUCUUGCGUUGCUUUCCUUCUCGAAUUCAAGCUACCAAAAUAAUGUCCGUUUAUGACAUCCUAUCAGCUCAUUCUCCAGAUGAAGAGUACAUUGGUGUCAACGCAAAUCCUGCGUGGAAGGAUGAGCCAGUUAUAAAGGCUGCAUUCUUAGAUUUUAAAAGGAAUAUACAAGACCUUGAAAGUAUAAUCGACUCGAGAAACAAUGAUCCUAAUUUGAGGAGCCGAAAUGGAGCAGGGUUGUUGCAGUAUGAGCUGUUUAAACCAUUUUCUGAACCUGGGGUGACUGGGAAAGGUGUCCCGUAUAACAUCUCCAUCUAA